GCAAACGGGGUAGGGACAGUGACAGCGAUGACAACACACACAUGAUUUCAACUUAGUAAUUGCGCACUGCUACAGUGGCAGUUUUCUGAAGUCAUUGAUUCUACGGACUUAAGUUUCACAAGGAGAAGAACUCCAAAAUGGCUCCAAAGAGAAAGGCAGCUUCAGCCACAAAAGCUGGUGGAAAGAAGGUGAAGGGGGAGUCCAGCGCACCAAAGGAUGCUUUUAGGACGGCCAAAGAGGCCUUAAUGGCAGCAGCACCGCAGGAGAAGAGCCAGAGAAAGGCUGACAUGCAUUUUGAACGUGAGCACAUGUCUGCCCAGGUUUAUGAAGACUAUGACUGCAUGCUCAAUCAAACCAACAUUGGCCAGAACAACAACAAAUUUUAUGUUAUUCAAGUUUUGCAAACGGGAAAUAGAGAAUUCUAUUGUUGGACAAGGUGGGGCAGAGUGGGAGAGGUCGGCGCCUCCUUAGCUUUCGGUGGUUUCUCCAGUCCUGAAAAAGCAAUUGAAAUGUUUGAGAAGAAGUUUAAAGACAAGACAAAAAACAAGUGGGGUGAUAGGGCAACGUUUGUCUCUCACCCAGGGAAAUACACACUUAUUGAAGUGGAUGGAGACCAGGAUGCGGAGGUGAAGAUGGACGUGGUGGAUGAGGCCGGUGGAAGGGUCAAGAAGAACAUUCUACCAUGUACCUUGGACAAGUCCACGCAGAGACUCAUUGAGCUGAUCUUCAGCAAUGACAUGUUCACAGAAGCUAUGGAGUGCAUGAACCUAGACAUAAAGAAGAUGCCUCUUGGGAAGCUGAGCAAAGCACAGAUUGCCAAAGGGUUUGAGGUUCUGGAAGAGCUGGAAGAGGCCUUGAAGAAAAAGAGCAGGAAGACUGUCAUGGAAGAGCUGUCCUCAAAGUUCUAUACAAUCAUCCCACACAACUUUGGCCGACAGAAGCCUCCUGCCAUCGAUACCUCUGACGUUUUGGAGAAGAAGAAAGAAAUGCUGUUGGUUUUGGCAGAUAUUGAAAUUGCUCAGGGUCUCAAGGCUGAGACUGAGAAAGCCAAAGAAGAGGCAGUAGAGGAUGUCCCUCACCCAGCUGACCAGAAUUAUUUGUCACUCAACUGCAACCUCAGUCUACUGGGAAAAGAUAGCAAUGAAUAUAAGAUGAUUGAAAAGUACUUGACGUCAACAGGCGAAUCAAACCAAUUACAACUGAUUGAUGUCUGGAAAGUAGACAGAGACAAGGAGGCGGAGCGCUUCCAAGAACACGAUGCGCUGGGGAACCGGCGCCUCCUAUGGCACGGCACCAACGUGGCCGUGGUGGCAGCCAUCCUGAAAAGCGGCCUGCGGAUUAUGCCCCAGUCCGGGGGGCGCGUCGGCAGGGGGCUCUACUUUGCAUCGGAGAACAGAAAGUCUGCGUGCUACGUGCGACCUUCCAGAGGCACUGGAGUGAUGUUCCUUAAUGAGGUGUGCCUGGGGAGGGAGCACACCAUCCAGCAAGAUAACCCCAGUCUCACAUGCCCCCCCGCUAGAUAUGACAGCGUGGUGGCUCGUGGAAGAAUGGAGCCAGAUGCCUCCAAGGACAUCUGUAUCACCCUUGAUGGCAAGAGUGUGACGGUUCCUCAGGGUGCACCUCGGGACCAGCCAGAGUUUAAAAAGAGUUCCUUUCACAACAGCGAAUAUCUCAUUUAUAAGGAAAGUCAGUGCCGAAUUAGAUACCUUCUCGAGCUCAAAUUCCCGUAUUAGGCACAACAAGCAAGAUUUGUCAAGAGAACCUUUUAGAUGCUUGUAAUCAUAUUCAAAUGAUUUUUUUCCUGUUCUUUAACACUUGAUUUUCUCCAUCCUAAUCCUGUUUUGGUUUUUUGGUCACCAGUUCCUAUUGUGUCACCAGUUCCUGUUUCCUAAAUUGACCUAUUUAUUUGUCCCCAUUUCAGUGAAGGAUUCUUAUUUAGGUACUUAACUGUAUUUAACAGUGGAACCUCUCGAUAUAUUAACCUGCACCCAUAAAGCUACACACCAAAUCGACAGACCUUAAACUAGAUGGUGCCUCUGCCUCUGCUCAGCAUUUAGUCUGCUUCUACAAAAUUGCACUACAGGGCUUAUCUUAGGAAGCAUUCUGGAUUUCCACAUAGGCAGCACAGCAUAUCUUCAUACAUAUAUACAUACAACAUCACCUCUGUCAAUUCUUUUAUUUCAAAUAUUCCCUUUAGUUUUACCACAUGACUGCAGCAAGCCUUAGUCUCAUGUAUAUAACAUCUAAGAUCCUUUAGCUUGGACCAUGGUUUGAGGCCUUGUGAUUUAUGAGAGUUGGACUGGAUAAACAGUUGAAGAUGGAUGGAUGGAUGGAUGGAUGGAUGGACAUUAUAUGUCACAGAAGACAUUACUUUAGUCUUCUGAUGGUUACCAUCUUCAAGUUCACUAUAUGACCCUCCACUUUUUUAUAAUCAACUGAUUAUAUGCUGUGAAUUGAUUGGCUUGAGGUGACUCUGGUUCUUAUAAGGCAAUGUGCUAAGAACCCCUUUGAUCUCAAUAAAUGAAUCAGAAUCAAA